AUGGGAGGUGAGGAUGAAGAGGAGAGGAAGCGGGAAGACAGAAGUUUUCUCCUUUCCGAGGGACGCUGCUCCUUCAUCUGCAUCGACGGAAGCUGGGCCUUCCACAGCUCAGCCCAGCCCGGCAUAUUCCAUUGCGAGCGCCCAGAUUCCGCUGUUCGCGCCGCGCUCAUCGGGGACAGGUUCGACUGGAAAUACUGCCUGAGCCGCCAAGCACGCCUGCCUUUCUAUGAAGGUCAGAGGUGUCCGUGGGCACGCGGAAAAGCCUUGGGAGGCUCGAGCGCCAUAAACUUCAUGUUUUAUGUUCGCGGGAACCGGCGCGACUACGACAUUUGGAGGGACGAGUUCGGAGCAUACGGUUGGUCCUACGACGACGUGUUGCCGCACUUCAAGAACAUUGAAACAUCGAGAGUUCCAGGCCAUGAAGAGACUCAUGGGACGACAGACCAGGACCCUAUUGCCUGUACCAACCAGCCACCUGGAACCAGAGGCAGUUCCAAGCAAAGCCGUUCACAGCAGGCUCCAGGAGAUCCGUCAAAGCCAGAAGGUGUAUUACAACCGUGGAACAAACGAUCUACCGCCCCUUUCUCCAGGCCAGCCAGUGUCCACAUACGACACCCUCCAGCGAACGUGGUCGCCUGCGGUACUUCUAAGGCCAGCAAACACGCCCCGGUGCUUUUUGAUCGAAAACGUGCCACCGGAAUACGUUUUGUCAUUCACGGUAGGGUGUACCAAGUUAACGCUACUCGCGAGGUGGUCAUCUCGGCCGGAGCCAUCGGUUCUCCUCAGUUGCUCUUGCUGUCAGGCAUCGGCCCUCGUCAUGACCUGGAGAAGCUGAAGAUUCCUGUCGUCGCUGAUCUACCGGUGGGCGAAAACCUUCAGGACCAUAUGCACGUCAACGGCAUCGCUGGCACGCUUCGUUGGCCAACCGGCAUUAACGUUUUCAGGCUUUCGACGGUGACUAACUACACGUUGAAGCGCUCAGGUCCAUUUUCCAUCCCUGGAUCCAUUGAAGCUCUUGCGUUUGUUAGUACGUCGUUCGUGAAUGAAUCGAUGGAAUUCCCGGAUGCAGAGAUCGCCUUGCAGUCGCUGCCUUCCUCAGCGCUACCUUUGGAAUGCUACCUGUCAAGUACGGCUCUACGGAAAGAUGUUUACGACCAAUAUUAUUUGCCCAAUCGAGGACGGCACGGAUUUGCCCUGGCUCCUGUGAUGAACAGGCCGAAGUCUCGGGGUUAUGUGAAAUUGAGGACAGCUAACCCGUUUGACGAUCCCAUCAUCGACCCGAAGUACUUGACCCACCCAGACGACGUUAAAGCGGCAGUUGAAGGGAAGGAAUAG